GAUCUGCAGUCUCUCCAUCCCGCCUGGGAUUCUCGCCUCUCUCCUCCUACCGCGCUCCUCCUCUCUGUGCAGCUCCUCUCUCUCCCUCCCUCUGCUCUGCUGCCAUCUCUUCCUCCCUCUCUCUCCAGGCUGCGCCUCAUUGGUGUGUCCUGAUUCUCUCCUAUUUUUUUUCAUUAGGCUCUGGGCCCAUUGGUCGUCUGCCUUCCAACCAUUAUCUCUACUCCUCCACCCCUCUGUCAUCCUUUCUGCCUUCGCUCGCCCUCCUCCCCCCAGCCAUCUCUCAAGUCGUAAAAAUGAUUUGCAUGCAGGAGGAAAGCAGAACUUUGCAGUGAGCUCAGUGAGGGAAUUGAGAGAGAAAUAAGGGAAAGGCUGAUAAUAAGAGAGGAAGCACAUUGUGGAGAACCAGAAGAAAAGUUUAAAGAGGCGAAUGCAGCUGAAAAUGAGCACAAAGGAGAUGUGAAAAGCCGUUCUCUCCAGCCGAAUGUUGCAGUGGUAGGAAGGGUCUGGACCAAAGCGCCGUCUGAAGCCGGGAACAUCUCAGAUGGAGGUGGAUGCAGACGAUAAGCGCCAUCGCACACGCUCCAAAGUGCCUGUGGAUCCAGCAUUGAAAGAGCUUUUCAGUGUGUACGGCUGCCCUUUAGCCAAGAAGAGGAAGAGUUUAGAUUUAGAACCCUUGGAUACCUCUCCAAAGAGGAGCACCUUACUUAAUGACAUGGACAACUCCACGAUGGAGGAGUGCUACGAGACAGAUGGGACCGAGGAGAUGGACGACAGGGAGGAAGAAGAGGAGGAAGGAGCUAUGGAGGGGGGAGCAGAAGUAGUGGAGGAAGAGGAAGAUGUGGGAGGCUACAUGGACUACAAUGUAGAACAGAUGGAGCACGAAAAUGAGGAAGGGGAAGACCGGGGAGAAGAGGAGGAGAUAGAAGAAGAGGACAUAGAAGUGGAGCAAGAAGAGGAGGAAGAGAGUGAUGAAGUGAGGGUAGAGGAGGCAGAAGACGAGGAGGAAGAAGCAAUCGAGGAGGUAGACUAUGAGGACGAUGAAGAAGAGGAGGAAGAAGAGCAAAAUCUGGGGCAAGAGGACAAUCAGCUGAGCCCUGGAGAGAGCAACAGUGGAGGCGGAGGUGGGGGUGGAGGCAGUGGUGCAGUUAGCAAAUUUGGCCCUGCGUUGGAGAAGGAUGACAACAACAAUGAUGAGUACGAAAACUACGAUGAACUUGUAGCCAAGUCCCUCCUCAACUUGGGCAAGAUUGCAGAAGAUGCUGCCAAUCGUGCCAUGACAGAGUCCGAAAUGAAUAGCAACUCCCCCAACAGUGCUGAAGAUGAGGGAGAGGAGGAGGAGGAAGAGGAGGAAGAAGAGGAUGAAGAGGAAGAAGAGGAAGAUGAGGAGGAUGAGGAGGAGGAUGAAGAAGAAGAGGAGGAGGAUGAAGAAGAAGAGAGUGAAUCACAGAGAGGAGAUCUGAGUUUGGACGUUGAAAGUGAUGUUGUUCGGGAAACGGUGGACUCUCUUAAACUCCUUGCACAGGGCCAUGGUGCAGUGUUGUCUGACAGUUUAGAUGGACAGGAGUUUGAUGAGUCUGCCAGACCUGGGGGCCAGACUAACUACUCCCACAGUGGUGGUAAUGGACAAAUGAAGACCACCAAUAGUGGUAAAACUGAGGGAAGUGAUGAAGAAGUGUGUUUAAGCAGUCUGGAGUGCCUACGAAACCAGUGCUUUGACCUGGCUCGGAAACUAAGUGAAACAAAGUCUGUUGACCGAAACGGACCAUCCCAACAAAAUCAUUACUCAUGUGGGGACCCCAGUCAACAACCACAGCACCAUGGGUAUGGAGAUUUCCACAACAGCCAAGAUAACAGGCGAACUCUUGAUAGAAACUAUUCAGACAUGGAUAAUCUUAUGAAGCUGGAGGAGCAACUGAGUCCACGCUCCAAAGCUUUCUCCAGCUGUGCUCAGGACGAGCGUUAUCACACCAGCCACAGGGACUUUGAUGAAGACACUGCUUCCAUCACAUCGGACCGAUCGGAGGAAGUCUUUGACAUGACAAAGGGUAAUUUGUCUCUUCUAGAGAAGGCAAUUGCACUAGAGUCGGAGCGUGCAAAGGCGAUGCGAGAUAAGCUUGCUGCCGAGGCGGCCAGAAGAGAUGGAGUGAGGUAUGCUCAUGAAGACCAUGGCCCACGGCAUGGCUACGGCGUGGAGCGUAAAGCCCGUCUUCCUGAUGGCAUGAAGAAGCCUUUCUUCCAUAAAGAUCCUUCACGCGCAGACAAGAAGGAAAGCAGGUGUCCAACCCCAGGUUGUGACGGCACAGGUCAUGUGACGGGCCUGUACCCCCAUCACCGCAGCCUGUCCGGCUGUCCACACAAGGACAGGGUGCCACCAGAGAUUGUGGCAAUGUAUGAGAAUGUUCUUAAGUGUCCUACGCCUGGCUGCACGGGACGCGGCCAUGUCAAUAGCAACAGAAACUCCCACAGAAGUCUGUCAGGGUGCCCCAUUGCUGCUGCUGAAAAGCUGGCAAAAGCCCAGGAGAAGCACCAGAGCUGUGAUGUUCCCAAGUCCAACCAGUCAUCUGACCGAGUUUUAAGGCCUAUGUGCUUUGUCAAACAACUGGACUAUCCACAGUAUGGUUACAAGAACAAUGUUUCCACCAGCACGCCCCGCUCCAACCUGGCCAAGGAACUGGAGAAGUACUCCAAGACCAGUUUUGACUACAGCGCCUUUGACAGCAGCAACAACCACCAUGUGUAUGGGAAAAGGGCCAUUGCACCCAAAGCUCAUGGCCAAAGGGACACAUCACCCAAAGGACACGAUG